GUUGACGCAAAGUAAGAUGCUUGCUACAUGGAAACUUAAAAGUCCAUGGGUAGCGUUAUGGUAUUGUGUAUUGUUACCUGUCGUUUGGAGUACUGAAACACCACCUCUUAGAACUUUAUUGAAAGCAUCUUGGAAUGCACCCAGUAUUCUGUUAGAAAUAGUUGAAACUGUGUCUCGUGACAAUUCGUCGGCAUAUCUUCCGCUUAUUAAUGAAAUAAUUCGUAAUGAUAUUCGUGACUUUGGGCCCGGCACUGAACAUGCUAAACAUUAUUAUGAUACUAUUUUUGACAUAAUUACUUCGAAGCAGUUUCUAUCUGAUCCUACAGCGAAAUCUGUGUUCGAGUUAUCUCUCUCUCUUAACACGGCUGCGCCUACAAUUCAGGCCUAUUAUCAAUAUUAUGAGACUGCCGUAUUACUGACUCGAGCGAAUAAUGAUACGUUUAAUCCUGAUUGCAAAGUGUGGGCUGAUUGGUAUGGGAAACAAGCCUGUACUGUGUCGGAGCUGAAAAGAAUUGCCGGUAUUGAUGAAGGGGGAUCAGAUCAUGGCAGUAUAUUAAAAAGUCCCACAGACACUCCCAAACUCCUGCCAUUUGACCAUAUCUUUCAACCAACAAAUCAAUUCCAACCCAAACCAAUCAUCAUCUUAUAUACCGAGGAUCUAUCCCAAGAGUUUUCGCUAUUACACGGUUAUAUAUCGACUUUGGUCGAACAGGGUUUUGCUUCAUAUGUAUUAAGAUACAAACCACCAUCCGUACAAAAAAAGGAAGAUUUGUAUCUCAGCGGUUAUGGAGUAGAGCUGGCCCUAAAAAACACGGAUUAUAUUGUUAUCGAUGAUAGGGACUUGGGAGCAGAGGAGCAAAGUGAGGCUGUUGCUGACCAGGCAAACGUAUCUAAUGCUAAGCAAGAAGAUCAUCGCGGCACUUUGUCGGAACAUUUGUUUGACGAAACUAUAUCAGAGAUUAAACCUCUCAAGAUCGAAGAAAUUAAACGGACAAAGUCUACUCAAUUUGUUACCGGAUCAAAAAACCCUCUUCUAGCGUUGACGCGUCUUUCACAAGACUUUCCCAAAUAUUCGCACUCGAUCGCACAACUUACGCUUAAUAGCUCAAUAGCCGGAGAGUUAACUGAUGUUCACUCAACAGUCCAACCUGGAACGAACGCCAUAUGGCUAAACGGAAUGCCGAUUUCUGAGAGUUCUUUUGAACCGUUCGAAAUCCUCAAACUACUAAAACGCGAGCGUCAUACAAUUCUGUCGCUCACAAGCCUUGGGUUAACUCCUGUUCAAGCUAUUGGUUUAAUUUCAUCUCCUAUGCUUCAGACAGAGUCUACCUCUGAUGACAUCUCGAAGAACACCUACAACAUUCUCGAUACAUCUGAAAAUGGCAAUGUCCUAAUAUGGUUUAACGAUUUAGAGAAAGAUCCGAGAUAUUCAUCAUGGCCAGCCGCAAUUCAGUCGUUAUUACGGCCUGUGUAUCCGGGGCAAUUACGGCAAAUACGCAAAAACUUAUUCUCAGUAUUAUACGUGGUCGAUCUUGCAAGCAUCGAAGGGCUUACACUGGUCGAAGAGGAGAAUAUGUUCAUCAUGCGCAAUAUACCGAUACGCUUCGGACUUGUCCCACUCAUUGGUGAUAAACAGAGCGACUCCGCAUUGAUGGCAAGUGCGGUCUAUUAUCUAAAAGACAACUACGACUUUCCAACUGUUUUUGAUUUCAUAAGCAAGGUUCUUCGGGAGGCACCAUCAAAGUCGAUAUUAGAAAUAGCACAAGCAGAAUUUAAAACUAUUGUUACGAAUAGAAAGCCAAAAAGUGGCAAAAUUAUUACCAAAUUGAGCGAAUUAUUGAACGAAGACUCGACAGUUGCCGAGGAAAUCGAUGGCGCUAUAGCAUACGCCAAACGAUUUGCAAUAACUCCUGGAAGUAGUGGCGCAUUAUUUAUAAAUGGGAGAUACCAUGAUUUUGACGAGAGCUAUCAACGGCAUAUAAUGCUUUCUAUAGGAGAGCAGACAACUUUCUUGCAACAAAAGGUGUAUUCCGGGGAGUUUGACGACAAUACGGACGCGUUGACGUUAUUCAUGACAUUGCCAAAUGUCUUACCAAAAAGGAAUAUGUAUAUUCCUAUCUCAGAAUCACAUCCUUUGAAAGUUUUGAAUCUUGCUGACAGAAGGAAUGAUGUUGCGGCAAAGUAUCAAAGCCUGAAAUAUCUUUACGCGGAUAAACUGGGAACGAACGGUUAUUGGACGACAGUUUGGCUUUUUGCUGAUUUUGAUAGUGAAACUGGUGUGCAGCAAGCUCUCGAGAGUUUAAAAUUUCUGGAGUCUGCUGAAGAUGUUAGGCUCUCCUUCAUUCACAAUCCUGCCCCUGUUAUAGACAAAGAAGACAAGUAUGACGUAUCGUCAACGAUUUAUCAAUUUCAUCAAGACACGUUUGAUGACCCAUCUAAAGCUUUCGAAUUUGUAAAAGAAGGGUUGGAAAAGGCUGCAAGGAUUAGUAAAGUGAAUGCAGGCGCUUCCGUUCUUGGUCAGCAAGAAGAUAUUCUGUUGGACGAGGAUAUUGAGACAGUUCGCGCUGAAAAGGCUAAAGAUUGGCGAGCAGAAGACAAGAAAGCAAUGGAUGAUUUUUGGCGUAGUUGGCAAACAACAAUCACAGAGGAUUGUGGAACGAACAGUGGCGAAAGUUUUAUUGUGAUUAACGGCAGGAUCGUUGGGCCAUUUGCUGCGAAAGAGAUAUUUCUGGCCGACGAAUUUCAUCUUUUACUUGACGUCGAGUCGUCAGAGCGUGUUGUGCCUGUUAUCAAUGCUGUAAACGGUCUGGAAUUAAAGACUGAUGGGAAAGAGCAUGCUGAAUUUUUAGCCAAACUGACGUCCAUCGUAUCCGCAUCGACCGUGUCUGAUGUUCCAGUUGGAAUAAUGGAUGAGGUUGAAACUGGUCGGAAACAUACGGUUGGAAAAGUUGAAAGCGGAUCGAGUCGAAUCCACGUCGGUGACAUUGAGACGGCCAUUUAUCAAUUCGAAGUUUUACUUGAUCCAUUGAGCGAAAUUGCACAAAAGUGGUCGGCCAUUCUCGAGAUCUUAUCCCACAUAGAAAAUGUCUUUAUUAAAGUACAACUUAACCCGCACCUUACGUUGAAUGAAUUACCUCUGAAACGCUUCUAUCGCUAUGUUCUGUCGUCAAGACUCACAUUUGAUUCCAAUUCCGGUACUCUAAUGCCACCAAUGGCCUCUUUUAAUUCACUUCCAACGGAGCCACUCUUUACACUUUCGCUAGACACGAUCCAACCCUGGCUCGUAACACCUACCGAAUGCGUUUACGAUCUCGACAACCUUCGCUUAUCUGCUCUCGACUCGCGCUCUCGGCGCAAACCGAUCGAAGCCAUUUUCGAACUGGAAAACAUCCUUGUCGAAGGACAUGCUCGCGAUACCUCGGGCAUAACACCACGCGGACUGCAACUCAUUCUUGGAGCAAAGGCACAGCCUGCCAUAGAAGAUACGAUCGUCAUGGCGAAUCUAGGAUAUUUUCAACUAAAGGCUAAUCCUGGCGUUUGGGAGUUGGGGCUAAGAGAAGGGCGAUCGAGAGAAAUAUACGAGAUUGAAAGUGUCGGGAGUGAAGGCUGGUAUAGUAGGGGAAUCGACAAGACUGGUGUGGAUAUUGUCAUUACGAAUUUUGAGGGUGCGUUAAUUUAUCCGAGGGUUAACCGGAAACCUGGUAUGGAAAGAGAAGACGUCUUGGAAGGAAGCGAGAACAAGGAAGGAGGUUUGUGGGAUUUUGUUAAGAAUAAAUUCUCGAACAAAAAUGGCGAAGUUACAAAAGAUAAUAAUGCUGAAAUCAACAUAUUUUCCGUUGCCUCGGGUCAUCUGUACGAACGAUUUUUGUCUAUAAUGAUUGUUGGCGUGCUGCGACAUACCAAGAGCACGGUCAAGUUUUGGUUCAUUGAGAACUUUUUAUCACCCUCAUUCAAGAAAUUUAUAGGUGAGAUGGCGAAAGAAUACAAAUUCGAAUACGAACUUGUCACUUACAAAUGGCCACAUUGGCUUCGCAAGCAAAGCGAGAAACAACGAACGAUAUGGGGGCAAGUAUCGACUUGGGUUUUCGGGUGCGACAGGUUUACAGUGCUACGAAUCGGAGUAACUGUCAGACUCGAGUACAAAAUUUUAUUCCUUGACGUACUUUUCCCUCUUGACUUGGGUAAAGUGAUCUUUGUGGACGCGGACCAAAUCGUGCGCACAGACUUGAAAGAACUAAUAGAUAUGGACCUCAAGGGUGCACCAUAUGGAUACACUCCAUUCUGCGACAACCGUCCAGAAAUGGACGGAUUUCGUUUUUGGAAAGGAGGAUAUUGGAAGGAACAUUUGCGUGGCAAGCCCUAUCAUAUUAGUGCAUUGUACGUCAUUGACUUGCAUCGAUUCCGUCAGAUGGCGGCUGGCGACCGGUUGCGCGGUCAAUAUCAAAUGUUAAGCGCUGAUCCCAACUCCUUGGCUAAUCUCGAUCAGGAUUUGCCGAAUAACAUGCAACACGAUGUUCCUAUCUUCUCGUUACCACAAGAGUGGCUGUGGUGCGAGACUUGGUGCAGCGACGAGUCUCUGGCAACUGCAAAGACUAUCGAUUUGUGUAACAAUCCGUUAACCAAGGAACCAAAACUUGACCGCGCUCGUCGUCAAGUUCCGGAAUGGGAGUCCUAUGAUAACGAAGUGGCCGCGUUUGCGGCGAGGAUAGCAAAGGAGAAAAAAAGUCUGGCAUGUGCUACUGGUAUCGGGCCGUGUGAUGAAGAUGAUAAAAUUGUAUCCACGUCGACCAGCAGCGAAAAAACUGGCCAACAAGAGCCGUCAAGCGUUUCUUCAAGCGUUUCUCCAAGCGUUUCUUCAAGCGUUUCUUCGACCGUCCCCCCAAAACCGAAGGGUCGUGAGGAGUUGUAA